AUGGAAGACUGCUCGCCUGUUGUACCUCUGACUAGAUCGAACUCUCCUGAGACCACCGAAUUCUCAGACGGGGUCCUUGCGGAGAGCAUCGGAACCAGUGAUGUCCAAGAGUGGCUUGAUGCUGCGCAAGAAAAGAUACUGAAUUGGGAUUCGGAGAGGUCCCUGACGUGGGACUCUGAACCAGUGGAAACCUCCGAAUUUACACAGGCUGUUGAUGAGGUUCGAUGCCUCACCGAAAGCUUAGAAGCUGCACUGCUGAAGAGUCCUGACCCAAGAGCGCGCCAAAUCCAGGAUCAAGCUAGCAGCAUUCUUGAGGUAGCAAUGGAGAGACUUGAGGAAGAGUUCAUCCGCAUCCUCACUCAGCACCGCCAAUCCCUAGAUUUCGGUCGCAUGUCAUUUCAUUCGACGGAGGAAGAUCAUACGGAUUACAACUCUUACAGCUCGUUCAAUGACGAAUCGUUUGAGCUCAGGUUCCCCACGGAAAGCGCCAGGAGCUCCAACCGUACUUUGUUCGAACUGGUCGAGCCGACAGCCAUUUCUGAUCUCAAAUGCAUAGCCGAUCUAAUGUUCAGGUCUGGAUAUAACAGAGAAUGUUCUCAGGCUUACAUCGCCACCAGGAAAGGUGUUCUGGAUGAGUUCUUCUCGUCCCACCGUCUGGAAAUAUUAAGUACAGAGGAGCUUGUGGCCUUGGAUUUCUGCUCCUUGGGGUCCAAGAUCAAGAGGUGGAACCACGGAAUGAAAGCUUUCACCCAGGUUUAUCUCCCCAGUGAGAGAAAGCUCUGUGAUCUCAUCUUCGGCGACUACCCUGGGCCAGCAAGUGCAACCUGCUUCUCCGGCAUCUCAAAAGGGUCCUUGUUCCAGCUCCUCGGCUUUGGGGAAGCCAUCGCAAUCUCUCCUCCCAAGCCAGAAAAUCUAUUCGGUCUGCUUGACAUGUACGAGGGCUUGGCCGAUCUCAUGCCCGAAAUCAGAGAUUUCUUCUCUCCCGAAGGCUCUCCUGCUUCCAUCUCGACGGAAUGCCAUGAAGUUCUCCGCAGAAUCGGCGAAUCCGUCAAGGCCUCCUUCAACGAGUUCAAGAACGCCAUCCGGAAAAAAACCUCCAACACUCCGUUCCCAGGAGGAGGACCCGUUCAUCUGACGAAGUACGUAAUGAACUACAUCGGCGUCAUCCCCAAGUAUCGCCAGACACUCUGCUUGCUGCUCGAGGGCCAACACGAUAGGGAGGAGGAAGAAGACGGAGGCGGCGAGGUGGGCUCCGGCGACACCUCCCCUCUGAGGCGCAGCCUCCUCUCGGUGGCGGCGAUUCUCGAGGAGAACCUCCGCAUCAGGUCUAAGCUGUACGAAGACGCCGCCCUGCAGCAUUUCUUCAUGAUGAACAACAUCCACUAUAUGAUGAAGAAGGUCAGGGAGUGCGAUAUUCACGAGCUAUUUGGGGAUGACUGGAUGCGAGCUCAAUCCGUCCAAGUCCACCAGCACGCUCUGCACUACCAGAGAGAAUCGUGGAGCUCUGUUCUCAACUUCUUCAAAGACGACGGGAUCUACAGCCCCGGCUCCAAUCAACCUUCCACGGCCGUCCUCAAGGAGAGGUUCAAGAGCUUCAACCUCGCGUUUGAAGAAAUCUACAAGACACAGACGGGAUGGCUCAUCCCCGACGACCGGCUGCGGGAUGAUGUGGUCAUCUCCAUUUCCCUGAACAUCCUCCAGGCGUACAGGAACUUCAAAGGGAGGUAUGAGGCCUACCUUACCGGCCAACGCCGUCGCGAGAAGUACAUCAAAUUCACAGUGGACGAUCUGCAGAACUACUUACUCGAUUUCUUCUUGGGAUCGCCGAAGGCUCUCCACCUUCCUCGAAGAGCCUGA